GGCGGUCACCGGAGGUGGGAGCGCAACUAAACCUUCCGUGGUCCUCAAGGGUUAUUAGAAGCUGGCUCAACAACGAAAGAACACAGAACGAGCAGAAUAAACGAGAAAGAAAUAAACCCUUGCAGUUAACUUGAAGGUCAACAUUACUAUCAGAAAAACCGACACAUCUCAUUUGAAUUUAUCAGCACAAUAUAUGGAAAACUAUUUAAAAUCAUCUCUCAGCUGAUGGUAACUCAAUAACUGACUAGGAGAAGUUAACGGGACUGCAGGCUGCAACUUUGCCACGCUUUCUUUCUUUAAUUUGGAAAACCAUUCAAGGGGCCUAUAAAUGCAACGCUGUUUAAUUUAUGAGAAGACAAUGGCACCAGAGACAAGGAAUGGAGGAAGCUCUUCCCGGAAUAACAACAACUGUAAAGACAACAGCAGGAGAAAGUUGCUCGUCGGUAUGGAUCUCGUCUGCUUGUUUUUAGCCGGCCUGCCUUUCCUGAUCAUAGAGACUAGUGCUGUACAGCCCUACCACCGAGGCUUUUACUGCAACGAUGAGUCCAUCAAGUACGCGGCCAAACACGGAGACACCAUAAGCGACGCUGUGCUUUCUGCUGCUGGCAUUCUUAUCACCAUCCUUUCUAUCAUCAUUGGGGAGAGCUAUAGGAUUCAUUACCUGAACGAGGGCUCCAAGUCCUUCGUAGGGAACCCCUACAUCUCCGCCCUCUACAAGCAGGUGGGCGUGUUCAUCUUUGGCUGCGCAGUCAGCCAAUCGUUCACGGACAUCGCCAAGGUGUCGGUGGGCCGCAUGCGUCCCCACUUCCUGGAUGUGUGCAAGCCUGAUUGGUCCACCAUUAACUGUUCCCUGGGCUACAUCACAGACUACCAGUGUCAUGGGCCCGAGAGCAAAGUCCAGGAGGCCAGGAAGUCGUUCUUCUCUGGCCAUGCAUCCUUUUCCAUGUACACCAUGCUGUAUCUGGUGUUCUACCUGCAGUCCAGGUUCACCUGGCGUGGAGCCCGUCUCCUGCGCCCCCUGACCCAGUUCACCCUCAUCAUGAUGUCUUUCUACACCGGCCUGUCCCGCGUCUCCGACCACAAGCACCACCCCACAGACGUCCUGGCUGGCUUCGCACAGGGAGCCUUGGUGUCUUACUGCAUAGUGUUUUUUGUAUCUGACCUGUUCAAGCCCAGAGGCAGGAGUUCAGCUCUACCAGUGACCCCAGUAAAGAACCCAACCAACCCAAUGACAGACAUCAGAGAGAGGAGCAACCACCUCACCAUGGCAUAGUACAGACCACUAGAGUACAGCUACCUACCGCUGUAGGUUUUAAAGAUCACUUACUUCAUCUACUGGUCUGUACUGGAUACAUUCAACAACCAGCCAAAGAAACAAGACUGAAAACUGACAUGUCUGUAAGGCACAGAGAAAUAUAAACUGGAAAACAUUUGAAAAAAGAGGAGAGUUGUGUACACACACGCACACACGCACGCACGCACACACACACACACACACACACACACACACACACACACACACACACACACACACACACACACACACACACACACACACACACACACACACACACACACACACACACACACACACGUGCCUUUUGAACAGCCAGCAACGCCCAUGUUGCUCACCAUCUCAUCUGACAUGUGAAUGUGGAAGAACGUGGGGAGCACGGCUCUCAAUUCCUUUCCGGAGAACUCUGUUUCUCUAUCGUGCUUUCAUUAGUGAAGGUCUCCAUGGAACCUGCUGUUCUACAGAUUGACUCGGUCUGGUAACUUCAGGCAACAAGGAUUCAGGCUCAUAAUUCUGCCUAUGACAGAAACGCAUGAACAGAAACAAAUUCCUUGAUUACAGGAAGGAUGUUUAUUUUACGAAUAAUCUUUGUUAUAUAGUCGAGCUAUAGCACUAUAUCCAAACUCGAUAUUUGAUUUGAUUGUCACCACUUGAAUGAACUGAAGUCAAGCUUUUUUUGUAAAGCUUUGUAUUAAAAUCAGCUUUUAGGUCUCCUGACAUGCAGUUUGUAUAGAAGUGUAGUUAUAGGUAAUGGAGGUGUAAUAGUGUGUACAGUAGAUAGACAGGUGGGUCUCUUUCUGCUGGUUGGGACGAGCCUCCACUGAGCCCUGUAAUUAAAUAACUGUGUGUGUGUGCCAGAUGGCUACUCACAAGUGUUAGGACAGAGUGACUGUGAGUGUGUGUGUGUAUGUGUGUGUUUGUCAUGUGCCAGUAUAUGAAUGUCAUGUCCAUAUUUGAGUGAGUUGGUGUGUCUUGUCAUAAAUACUUCAGGUUGAAGAUCGGGACCAUGAGGCUGCUUCAACAGACGUUUAUAUUAAAAACAGGAAAACUGUGGAAUUAUACUUUCUUAUAGCUUUGUGAUACAUUUUGUAAUGAUUCACAUAUACUGUGCUAACUGCACCAACAACAAAAAUAACCCCAUCUCUGUGACAACGCAGUAUGUCCUGUCCUUUCAUGUCAUUUCAACCACACAGCAAUAUCUGUUUUAUUUUUUUAGAUAAUUUAUGUAUCAGAGAAUUGUACAAUAUCAUUUAUCUACCUUUUCAUUAAAUAUCCACUAUGUUUUUUGAUGUGUCGAUGCCUGUGUAAUUGUGCUGCUUAAACAAGCAAUGAUUGCCAGAAGUAAUUUAGUGAAAUUACAACUUUUGUGAGUAUUCAAACUUUGUAAAAUUGCUUUUUUUAAAGACAGCUUCAAUACAUGUAUAUUAAAAUAACCUUUUAAUAUUUUUGUAUUGUCCUUUUUGUAUUUUCUUCAAUAAAAAUACAAGCCAUAUGUGUGUAUCAAAUAUGUGCAGUGUAAUAAAAAAAACAUUGUUAUGUUAA